UUUACAUGCCGCAAAAUCGACAUUUGAAUUGAAAUUAAUUUAAAGGAUUUCUACGGUAUUAAGUCCCUAAAACGUGUUUAAAAUAAGUGUAAAUUAACCGAAUAAUAAGGAAUUGCUAAAAUGGAACCAACAUUUACUGGACCACCUACUAAUUCCUUAAUGGAUAAAUUUGAGUUAAGCUUCAUGAACUGCAUUCAUUGUUUGACUAAGGAAGAAUCAUCCAGUGGAUCUGAUAAAGAUGAGAUAAAAAUUGAGGUAGAGAACACAAUUGCCAAUUUUAUUGAUCUUGCUAGGCAAAUGGAAUGUUUCUUCUUACAAAAGCGUUUCCAACUGUCAUGUCUAAAGCCUGAGUUGCUGUUGAAAGAGGAAAAUAUAGACUUAAGACAUGAAAUUGCCAGAAAAGAUGAACUGCUUAAGAAACAUUCAGCAAAAAUAGUUAAAUGGAAGGAUUAUUUAAGUGACACAUCUCCAGCUCCAGUAAAUCCUCAAUCGCCAAUGAAUCCAUCACAACUUCCACCAUAUCCACAAAUGCAAGGUCCUCAAUCUAUGGGUCCAAAUAUUUCACACCAACAAAAUUUACCACCUCAAAUGCAUCAGCCUGGAUUUGGCGUCACUCAUCGUCCACCUUAUUCACAGAGCAUGCAAAAUCCAUUGUCAUUCUUAGAAAAGACAACAAACAAUAUUGAUAUGGGUGGACCAUCAAGACCCUGACGGCGAUAAAUACUUUAAAUAAAUAUUUCUGGACAGGCAUUUCAAUUAUUAAUUCUGUAUUUUAAAAUAUCCAAUUAAGCAAAAUGUUGUAAUUCAUAAAAAUAAAAUAAUUUGUGGCUUAUUUUGGCAGACAACAGUUGAUCUU